CGAGCCGCGCGCCGUGCAUUUCGCGUGACGUUCCAGAGCCGACCGGGCAGCCGAGACCAGCGAACGCCGCGUCACCAUGGCCCAGGAGAUCAACGAGCAAAUGGGCCGCGUGCUGCGUGAGCGAGGGCUCAUCGGCGACACCCUGGACGGCUUCGAGCGCAAGACCAAGUUCAAGCGUGAGCAGCUCGUCUACGGCCUAGUGGUGAUCGUGGGCCUGCUGUUCCUGGUGAACGUGCUUGGCUCCAAGUCGGCGACGUUCAUCUCGACGGUGUGGCCCAUGCUUGGAAGUAUCCGCGCCAUCGAUCGUGCGGAUGUACUGGCGCUGCAGAAGUGGACCGCCUACUGGAUCGUGUAUGCCCUGCUCAACAUCGUCUUGAACUUUGUGUUCAUCGGCAUUCACCGCUACUUCAAGCGCAUCUACUUCAUCAGGCUGUUAGUGCUUGCAUGGUGCGCGGCACCCAUGCAGAGCAACGGCGCCACUCUGAUCUUCCAGAAGUGUUUUGCCGGCAAAAUUUUCAAGGAGGGUCUCACUCCUGGCGCCGCCCCUCCGCCGCCGCCAGCUGCUGCUGCUCCUGCCGCGGGCGGAAAGAAGGAAUCGCCCGACUCGAGCCGCAAGAUGCGCAAGUAGUUGCCGUCGCGAAUAAAGAUUCUUGUGCUUGUCCCCCUAUAAA